AUGGCUGUUGGUCGUUGGGCACUCACAGGGUACCCAAUGGUCGGUCACAUGGCUGCUUGCAAACUAGGUUGCACGUGUGAGGGUGCUGGCAAGCGUCGUAUAUUCGCAAUAGGAAACUAUGUGAAUCAGAGGUUGCUGAAACCCAUCCACCAUUGGUUUGCGGAGGUCCUCCGCCGCAUCCCAAUGGAUGAUCAAACAGCACCUCUCAUUCGUUUAGUUCCUAGUAAAACAUGUUUCAGCUAUGACCUCCAGAGUGCUACCGAUAGGUGGCCUCUUGUGUUUAUGUUUGAAACGCUUGCGCUAUUGUUUGACAGGUCAUUUGCUUCAAGUGUUGUGAAUACAACAUUAGGGACGAAUGUCUUUGAGGUACCCUUCGUUAAGAGGGCUCUGUCUCAAGUGUCCUUUGUGACCGGUCAACCGUUAGGCUAUUAUGGUUAUUGGCCUUUGUUCGCGUUCACCCAUCAUGUUUUGGUGUGGUGGGCUGCGGAACAGGUUAGACCUGGGAUCCUGUUCGACAGGUAUGCUAUAUUAGGUGAUGAUGUUCUCAUCACCGAUCCACUUGUGGCGGAACAGUACCGGCUAGGCUUACAACGGCUUGGUGUGAAGAUAUCCACACAUAAGUCUUUGAUAUCCUCAACUGGUGCUGUAGAGUUUGCCAAACAAUUUCUGGUCAAGGAUAUGAGGGUGCGCCAGCACUAUCCUGUGUCCAUGAAAGCUUUAUGUGGCUUCCACCACCCCUACGGCCUAUUGGCUAUACAUGAAAAGUAA